AUGUUGGCGCGUCGCCUUGUUCAAGGCGCCCUGUUGCUCGUGCUCAGCAUUGCAAAGACCCCGCCGCCGCCGUCGCCGCUCUACGUCCACUCCGUGCUGCAUCCGCCGCCCGCCUUCGGCGACGGCUGCGACGAGACGCUCGACUUCCGCUUCGUCGCCGCCGACGCCGCGGCGCUGCGGGCGCGCGCGGCGGCGCUCGCCGAGGCGGCGGCGGCCGCCGCCGCGGCGGUGGAACGGGAGACGCGCGAAAGGGAGGCGGCGCUCGUCGCCGCGCGCCUCGCGAGCGCGCUCGGCGAGUACGCGCAUCGGGAGGCGUUCGCGACCGCGGACGCGGCCGACGACGCCGCGGCCGCCGACGCGACGACGCGCCACGUGGCCUGCCAGGAGGCCCUGCUCGGGGCCGACGGCGGCGCGGCGCUCGCGGCGCUCGUCGACGGCGCGACGGACCUGAGCGUCGUCGACUGCGAUCUGGGCGCCGGCGGCUUCGAGAAGGUCUUAGUGGCGGCGCUUUCGAGCCCGGGCCUCCGGCGGCUGCGCGUCGCGUCGGACCUCGUCGGCGACGCGGCCUUCGUGCGGGCGGCGAAGCGGCUGAAGAAGGCCAACGCGUCGCACGCGUCCCUGGCGAGGGUGGAAGUCGAACGCGUCGGCCUCGGGCCCGCGGGCGCGGAGGCCCUCUGCCGGGCCCUGGCGCCCCACGCGCCGACGCUGGCGCGCCUCAGCCUCCGGGGCAAUUGUCUCUGCGACGGCGGCGUCGCGGCGGUGGCGGCGAAGCUCGUGGCCAUAUCGCCGGCGCUCGCAGAGAUCGAUCUGGCGCAAACCGCCUGCGGCGACGCGGGCGCGGUGGCCCUCGCGCGGGCGCUGGCGAAGCGGCCGCCGGGCAGCGCGCCCGUCGCCGUGGACGUGUCGGGCAACGAGCUCGGCGGGCGGGGGGUGGCGGCGCUCGCGGCGUCGCCGGCCGUCGCGCGGCUCGACGCGCGGCGCAACGCGCUCGGCGACGACGACGCGACGCUGGUCCCGCGGGCGCUGCGGAAGAACGAGCGCCUGGAGGCGCUGGGCCUGGCGCACUGCGGCCUCGGGCCCGGCGCCGCGGACCUGAUCCUGUCCGCGGCCGCGCGCAAGGGCGCGCGUUUGGAGGUUUUGGACCUCUCGGGCAACGCGCUCACGACCGCGGAGGUCGAGCGGCGGAGGAAGAAGGGCGAGCACGCCCUCGUCGGCGCCCUGUCGAAGAUGGCCUCCAAGGCCCUGCCGCCGGCCGCCGGCGACGGCGGCCUGGGGCUGUCCGCGCCCGACGUCGACGUCUUCGUCGCCGCGGCCCGGGCUUUAGGCGCGGGCCAGGCGCCGAAAUUGCGAUGGCUGGGCUUGAGCGACACAGGCCUCACGCCGACGCACUCGCGGCUCCUCGCCGCCGCCGCGAAGAAGCGGCGGGGGCGGGGGCUGGGCGCCGUGGAGGUCGUGGCGCUCGCGAACGGCGCCGCCGCGGCCAAGCAGCGCAAGGAGCCCGUCAUCUGA